AUGUCAAUUCAAUCGAGAAAUAUUCACAAUAUUCAAUAUAUUCCUUUAUCUGAUAUAAAAAGACCAAUACCACCUGUUCUAGAUUACGAUAAAAUAGAUGCUAUGGUGUCUACAUUGAAGGGUACUCCGAAAGAGAGUAAGACAUGCAGUUUAGAAGAAGCACAGAACUUGAAUGGAGAAUUACCGCCAAUAGAUGUUUUGUGUUUGAGAGAAAAUAACAAGAAUAAUUAUUUUGCUUUCGGUGGAUGUCAUAGAUUCCAAGCAUAUGAUAAAUUACAAAAAGAGGAAGAUGGAAAACAGGUUAAAGUGCGUUGUAAAGUGUUGCCAAUAACUAGGUCACAAUUAGGGUUAUAUUUAGGGUCAUCUUCAACAAUGACAAUAUAA